AUGCUGGAAUUCAAAGGGAAGAGGCAUGAGGAGCAAUUCCAGGUCUUCUUUGCCGAGCAGCAUCUGAUAUGGGACCUGUCCGUGUGCUUGGUGGGCUGGAUGCAAUACAUACCGGUCAUGAUCAAUCUCUGGCGGAACUGGAACAUCAGGAACCCCCUUUGGCAUGCAGCCUUUCUGCUGCUCUAUACUGCAGAAAAGAUGAUGCCGACAGCCUUGAUAUGUCUGUUCAGCAAGUUCUACAUCAGGCAUCGCACGGCCUUGAUGGGCGUUGUACGCCUGUUGGAGAUGUUCACUACCGACGCCUACCUCUCCUUCUGGAUGGACUUCUCUGACAAGGGCUCCUGCUUCGAGUGGUCCUUGCUCGCCUUGGUCUUCGCCAACAAUUGGAUUUCUGCGGCACAUUGGUGUGCAGCAGCGGAUCCCUUGCAGUUGACAUGA